AAGCCGGGGCGGGAGUGCGGGUCGGCGCGGUCCCUGUUCCCGUCGGGGUCCCGCCGGGGCGGCGACUGCGGUAGGCAGACGCGGGAGUGGGACGCGCCCCGCGCCGCUCGGUACCGCGGCCUUAUCUCGGCUCAAAAUGAACUACAUGCCCGGAACCGCCAGCCUCAUCGAGGACAUCGACAAAAAGCACUUGGUCCUGCUGCGAGAUGGGAGGACACUUAUAGGCUUUCUGAGAAGCAUUGAUCAAUUUGCUAACUUAGUGCUACAUCAGACUGUGGAGCGUAUUCAUGUGGGCAAAAAAUACGGUGAUAUUCCUCGAGGGAUUUUUGUGGUCAGAGGAGAGAAUGUGGUCCUGCUAGGAGAAAUAGACUUGGAAAAGGAGAGCGACACACCUCUUCAGCAGGUGUCUAUUGAGGAGAUCCUGGAAGAACAGAGAGUGGAACAGCAGACCCGGCUGGAAGCAGAGAAGUUGAAGGUCCAGGCCCUGAAGGACCGAGGGCUCUCCAUUCCCCGGGCAGAUACUCUCGAUGAGUACUGAGUCUCUGCUCCGAGGAUGCUGCUACCGGAUGGGAGUCACAUCCUUGUUACCUCCCAUGGUUCAACUAAAGACUAGAGAGCGUUGGAAAAAAUACCAUUUUUAUUUUGAAUUCUUUCGCAUUUGCAACAUGAAGAAAUCAUGUGGGUUUUUUUUUAAUACUAAAUCAUUGUUGGAAGAAGGAGGCACGGACUCACGGCACCGUGGAGCCAGCAGUAGCUGCUGUGUAUUGCUCCUCAUUUGAGAUUCGAGCCUCCAGCAGUCUUUAUUUACCUGUAAAUAAAACACAGAUCUCAAAACUGUCAUGUUACUUCCCAAGGAUGAGUAGCCUGCGAUGAAUACACCGUUUUCUGCUUUUCAAAGUGAAAGCGGGGGGUUGGAGAGAAAGUACAGCAGGUAGGGCACUUGCCUUGUACACAGCCAACCCAGGUUUAACCUCCAGCAUCCCAUAUGGUCCCCUGAGCACUGCGAGUGCAGAGCUAGGGGUAACCCCUGAGCAUCUGUGGGUGUAAUCCAAAAAGACAGAAUUUCCCAGGAGGGAACAUUUAGUAAAGUUUGGCAGUUACUGAUUAGAACAGAAGCCCCGUCAUUAAGAGACAUUGUUACUUUCCUUAUUCUUAUUUCACCUCUAACUGUUCCAAACUGUGUUAUUGCCAGUUGCAAUAAAUUCUGUAGGUGACAUUCUCUGAAUCUUUUGGGAACUAGAAAUUUAAGUGAAUCUUGAAUGGAGAUGGGUGGCAAGGCACCCGCCUCACACAGCUGAACUGGGUUUGCUCCCCGGCCAGUGAUUCCUGCGCUCAACUGGAUGUGGUCCAUGGUGCUCCUUUGGACCACAUUUGGACCUGCCUAUCGAACAGGGCUCAGGAGCCAGUCCCAGCACUAUGUCACUCCCGGGGGACCGUGCAGAGCCCAGCAGCAAACCAGGACCUCUACCCCUCUGAUUAUCUGGGUGGCUCUUGCCAGCAUGUCCUGACAAAACCAAUGUCAGUAAACUACUUUUUGCUGUGCUGGCUGAAUGUAAUUCUAUGUGAGCAUCACAAACUGUAAGGAAUUGAUUGAAGACGGGUAGUGUGAGGGCUACUCUUGCCUUGCAUGCCCCCAGCCUGAGUCUGGUCUCUGUACCAUGUAAGAUACCCAAUCGCUUCCAGCAGUGAUUCCUGAGCACAGCCAGAACAGCGCGGAAACAUUGAAAUUCUACAGGGGUUAGAAUUUAGCUUACCUUGUACAUGGAUGAUCCUGUUUGAUCCCUAGGACCACGUGAUGGCUCCCUCAAAAAUGACGCCACCAGGUGUCACCCCAAAACAAGGUAUAGAGGGGGCUGGAUGCAGUUCACAUGGUAUGGUUUGCCUCUAAUCUUACUGGAAACCAAAAUUUACUACAAAUUAAAACCAAAGCAGGGGAAAGACAUCUCCAGUUUUUGAGAUCUUGCUUUCUUGUUUUUAGUUUGGGGCCACACCCAGCUGUGCUCAGGGCUUCUUCCUGAUUUUGCGUGUGGGGUCACUCCUAGCCAGACUCGGGGACCCUAUGGGGUGCCAGGGAUUGAACCCAGGUCAGCCAUUUUCAAGGCAAGCGCCCUACUCAUUGUAGCCCUACUUGCUGCCUUUGAUCACGGAGACAGUAUUUCUCUUUUAGCUGGUAUCUUUUACCUGGCCUUGGCCCUUGACCUGUAUUGCAUCUACUAGCUAAAUUUAAGCCCCAGUAUCUGCUCUCCUCCCCCUAUGGAGACUGAUGGGGCCAUUCAUCCUCCAGCUGUCCCCGAUGAGCUUUGCUUUGUGUGGUCUUGGUUUGGGGGCUGCAACAGUGGUGCUCAGCGGUACUUCCCAGUGGGCUCAUUGGAUCAUUCAGAUGAUCCAAUGAAGGUCUGCCAGUGUGCGAGGCGAGUUCUCUACCCACGGAUCCCUGUGAAGAGCUUUUCAGAAAAGCCAAGUCAGCACUGCACCCCAGGAGGUGAACGCACAGCUGCAAUGCACAAUCACAGGCUCCUUUUCAAUCCACGCGUGGGGCUUAUGGUUUGGUAUGCUCUAGAAAUGGUUUGGGAUCACUGCAUUUCUCAAACAGCUGGAGCUCCAGCAAUGGGUUCGAAAAGUCAUAGCUGGCAAGAAACUGGAAGGCAGUUAACAAAAAACCCUGCCCUCUAAUUCUACAGUAAGAAUUGUGCUGUCACAGAACCCAUGUACAUGUGUGUGUUUGUAUAGCUGUGGGCCAUUUUCACACCUUCCAGAAGGGAAGUACAGAUACUUCAAUUCAACUUCCCUUCUGUUAGGAGCUCCCCUUCCCAGGAAGGCGUAAAGAAGACAUUCUGGGUGGGGACCACUGUUGCAGGGGGUAAGGCACUUUGCAAUGCAGCAUUGUUCAAGAGGGCAAGUACCUUGCCUCCAGCUGACCCCAGUUCUGUCCCCGGCACUGCCUGUGACCCCCCUGAGCACCAUCAGAAGUCAUCCUUGAGCAGAGCCCAACACAGUACCACUGGGUGUGGCCCAGUACCCAAAAACAAACGAAAAUUCCCCCGGAAACAAGGUUUGGGGAUGGAUUUGCCAGAUUACUGGAAAUAAACAUCUCCCCUCCACCUGUUUUCCUUCCUAACUGUAGUGCCCCAUCCCGUCUUACCUGUCACCCCUGCAGGGGUUCGUGGUUCUGCCCGUUGCUGGUACAGGCACCUCGCAGCAGCCUUGUCUGUGCUGCUGGGGACGUGCUCCCAGGGCUCCCACUUUCUGACUGAUGUCCCACGUUGUUUUUAGCUGCAGAGCUGCAGAGCUUGCUGGGGGAGGGUGGGGCAUUGUACCUACCUGGCUGCUUAUGGCUGCAAAGCAGUGUUAAGGCACACAUCUUUGUUUAUGUUUAACUCUGGUUUUUCAGCUACGCCUGGAGAUGCUCAGGGCUUACCCCUGGCUCUGCACUCAGGGAUCACUCGUGGUGCGUGGGGGACCAUGUAUGGUGCCAGGGAUUGAACCCGGGCCCACUGCAUGCACUGCAACCAGUCUCUCCAGCCUUGCCAAACCCUCUUUAUCCUGCCACCACGUGGCUCCCUGAGUGAGCACCACUAGGUUUGCCCCUGAAAACUCCCAGCACUGUCAUGGUGACCCCAGGAAUCCUAGGCACUGUAAGACCCGAGCAGCGUCGCAUCCUUGCAGCCAGUUAAAGCCCCAGCUGGCCAAGAAACGUUUUGGGAGCACCACUCUCCUCUCCCCAAACACACACCCCAAAAUAAUAAUAGAGAAUUGCUCGUGCCCCCGGGAAGCUUAGACAGCACAGCUGCCCGAUCUCACUCCAUAUAAGUGGACACCAGGAAUCUGCAGGGUGGCAGCCGCUACCCAGGCACCACUGCCCCGAUUAAGAGACCAAGAGACAGCUUUGCUCUGACCUACAGAGUCGGACUCAUGUGGCCCCAGAUCCCGAGGUUUUCCUGUCCCUCUCUGGAGGGCGGCAUGAAAAGCUGAGAAGACAAACCGUGGGAGCUGAGACGCAUCAGCCACUGUCCUGGGCCUGCCUUGGGGAGGACUCGAUGCCCAGCCGCCCAGCAGUGCUCAGAGCCGCCUCUGUCACUGCUUGGCUGCUUCUUGCCCUUCCCCUGUCAGUGCUGCAGAUCCUCAGACAAAGCAAGCGCUUAACCCCUGUACUGUUUCAGCCCGGGUGGGCAGGGGACAUGUUUCUGACUAUUCUCUCCCCUGCGCCGUGCUUCCACCCAGCUCCAGCCAGUCCGUAGUGAUUGCUUCCUCUUGACUGAAACAAAGGGUAGGAAAAGGUCUUCAGGGAGGAGCUGGAGUGAGAGGCACUUGCCUUGCACAGUGGUCAACCCAGAUUCUGUCCUGGCAUCUCAUGUGACCCCCCCGAGCACCACCAGGAGUCAUUCCUGCAGAGCCAGGAGUAAUGCCCUGAGCAUCGCCGGGUGUGACCCGCCCCCCCACCCCCAAAAUAAAAGCACCUGCUUCGAAUGAUCCUGGAUUCUAUCCCAGUACUAAAUAAAUAAAUUCAACUUAAAGGUUAACCUGCUAACAACUGCGGUGAUAUUUAUGGUGCCUAAGAUUUGGAAAUAACCGAAGUGGCCAAGGAGAGAUGAGUGGAUAAGGAAGUCGUGGUCAGUGCCCAUGGACAGAGCUCAAGGUUGCAUGUGGAAGACUCGGGUCAAGUCCAGCAGUUUAUGGUCACCUGCGCACAGUAGGCACCAUCCUGAGCACAGAGCCGGGAGUAGCCCAGUGAGAGAAGGAAAGGGAGGCAGG